AUGAUGAUAAACAAAAAUUAUAAUAUAUCAAAAAAUGGUAUAAGACAGAUAGGAAUAAGAGCGAAUAUGACUAUUUGUUUUACUUCUAAACAUAUAAAUAUAAUAGGAAAAUGUCAGAAAAAAUAUAUAAAACAUUUUUUGAUAUUUAAUAAAGUUCUGUUGUUAUUUGUUUUAGUAUGUAUAUGCCAAUAUAGUAUUGAUGAAAUUACUUUUAAUGGUAGUAGAUCAAUAAAGCAAGAUGAAGAGAAAGCAUCCUUAAGAUUUAAUAGAUUAUUAGCUCAAAGUUUUGUAUUUAAUUCCCGUUUGGAUGGUUCUUAUAAUUAUUCUAAUGUAGAAAAUGAAAGGAUGUAUAUGCCACAUUAUAUGAAUAAUAAUUUUUUUAAAUCCCAAGCUUAUAAUGAAUCAGAAAAGAGAGAUAAUUUAAGAAGUAAAAUAUAUAAUGAACAAAAUGAUUUUGCUAAAGAAGGAUAUUCGAGAGAAUAUGAUAGCAAAUAUAAUUCCCAAGAAUUUGGUACAUCUAGAAAAAAAAAUAAUGGAAGAAAUUCAUUUAAUUAUCAAUCGAAUAAUGAAAAUAAUAAACAUUCUUCUUAUAUGAAUGAAGAUAUGUAUAAUAAAAAUUAUUUUACCAAAGAGAAAAUAUAG